CCGACAGCGAAGACAGAUUAAGUAGAGGUCAAUUAAAGCUUAUUCUUGGCGAUUCUACCGGGAAAGUAUAUGGUUUAUAAUAGUUUACGAGCAUUAAUGAAUAUAGAUUUGUAUUAUAUAUAAAUAUAAUUCUUGUUGUAAGGCAUUCUCUCGUUAAUUUUGUGGGGUAUACCAAAUAGGGAAAAUUGCGAAAUAAUUUUCAAAAAGCGCCAUAUUUUGUAAAUAUAAAAAAAAUACGAUUGAAAUUUUUGCUGUUCAUUGUUAAUCACCAAUUGUAAUUAUAAUUACUUCAUCUCACUAAUAAAACUACUAGAAUGAGCAAAACUGCUAUUCAAUUACAAGACAGGGUUGAAAGAACAUAUGAUAUCGACAUUAUAGAAUCAAAUACCGCACCCAUAACAUCAGCUGAAAUAGACGAGGCUAAUGCUCAAGACCUAGAUCCAAAUCGGAACCAAAAUCAUGACUUCCCAGAAGGAGGUUGGAAGGCUUAUAGUGUAGUAUUAGGGUCCUUUUUAGGCUUGACUGCUUGUUUUGGGACUUUAAACUCGGUGGGUGCCAUCCAAGCUUACAUCGCGACCCAUCAACUUUCAGGUAUUAACACAUCAACUGUAUCAUGGAUAUUUUCUAUUUAUCUGUUUGUAUGUUUUGCAGUAGGGAUAUUAGUAGGACCAUUAUUCGAUAGAAAAGGGACAUUAAUACCAUUGAUAGGAGGAACGAUCUUAAUCUUUGGAGGAUUAAUGGCUACAGCCGAUUGUAAAACAGUUUGGCAGUUCAUACUUUCAUUUUCAUUUUGUGUGGGGACUGGUAAUGCAUUAUGUAUUAAUCCAUUGGUAGGAGUGAUUAGUCAUUGGUUCUUAAAGAAAAGAGGUAAAGCUACGGCGUUGGCCACAUUAGGUGGUUCUAUUGGUGGAGUGGUUAUCCCACUUAUGUUAAGAUCACUUUAUCCUAAAGUUGGUUUUCCAUGGGCUAUCCGUAUUUUUGGAUUUUUCUGUUUAAUUUGUUUAAUAAGCUCUAUUUUAUUAUCAAAGGAAAGAAUAUAUCAUCGAAACCAUGUUACAGCCGAUGAUGAAGAUGAUGACAAUGUGUAUGCUAAUAAAUAUUCCAAAAUCUUAGCAUCUACUAAGAAUUUCAUGGAUUUUUCAGCUUUGAAAGAUUUGAAAUAUGCUUAUUGUAUAGCAGGAGUAUUCUGUACUGAAGUUUCAUUAAUGUCAAUCUUAACCUAUUACACCACAUACGCCAUUGCUCAGGGAGUUUCUGAAUCUACAUCCUAUAUAUUAUUAACCAUUUUCAAUUCAUCAGGAGUAUUAGGUCGGAUAUUACCAGGAAUAUUAUCAGAUAAAUUGGGUCAUUUUAAUGUAAUGAUAAUCAUGUUAUUUGGGAUGGCAGUAUCACAAUUAGUAUUAUGGUUACCAUUUGGAGGUCAUGUAGGUGUGUUAUAUGCGUUUGCGGUGAUUUGUGGAUUCUUCAGUGCAUCGAUUUUCAGUUUAACUCCAGUAUGUUUAGGAGCCAUCACUCCUGUUCAUAUGUUUGGUCAACGAUAUGGAUUACUUUAUGCUAUAGUUAGUACUGGUAAUUUAUUUGGUGUUCCAUUAGGAGCUGCAAUCAUUGGGAAAGGUACUAAACAUCAAUAUGAUAUGUUUGCAUUAUUCUGUGGUGUUAUUGCUCUUACUGGAUUAUUUUGCUGGACUGCUAGUAGAUAUUACAUUGUAGGGACGAAAAUAAAUGCUAAAAUUUAAUUUUAUGAUAGAUAUAUAUGUA